AUGACAAAGCAAAAGAAAAGUCAAAUUCAUUCAACUUGGCCAGCGCCAAUUCCUACUGACUUGAAAAAAGAAUGUUUGCAACAAUUUCUUUCCCAGAUGUCUAUGUCCGUAUUGGCUGAAGUGACUUGUGCGGUCUGCAAUAUUCGUAGUCCAGAACAGGAGUCAAUAAAAAUGCCAAUGUCAGAAAUUCCUAAUAUACAUCUACUCAAAAUUUCUGAUGAAGUUAAAAAUUUAGUCAUCAAUACUCAAUCAUCUACUUCGAAAAACUCUAACGGUUCUUCAACUUCAAAAUCCUCUUAUUUCUAUUACGAAAAUGAUAUUAUUGUCUAUGUCAAUGGCAUAUAUCAAGAAAAUAAUAUGAAUAUGUGUAUACUUUGUCAAAAAUGCAGUAAUGUUUUAUCGAAGGAACAGAUUCCUAAAUUUUCAGUAGCAAACAACAUGUGGUUAGGUGAUGUUCCCGUUGAGUUACAAGGGCUAACCAUCCCAGAAGAAAAAUUGAUAUCAUUACACCGACACAAUAGUUGUAUAAUAAAACUACAGUCACCUUUUCAUUCAAUGGCGACUGCUCAAGGUGCAUUAAAAGGCAAUUGUAUUACUUUUCUUCAAAAUACACCAAACAUUGUUAAUAGUCUACCACUUAAAAUGGCCGAUCUGUGUGACACUCUCAAAGUGAUUUUUAUUGGAGCUCGUCCUCCAGAGCGUCUUCAACUCAAAAGAAUUCUUACAGUGCGAAAGAAAAAGAUUGUUGAAGCGCUGCGUUGGUUGAAAAAAUAUAAUAUACUUUAUAAGAAUAUCGAUAUAAAUCUAGAUAAUAUCGCACAACUACCUGAAGAUGAUAUACCAGAACCCAUAAUGACAACAAUGGAACAGAUAUUAAAUGAUAAAGAAGUACCAUCUGAAAGAGUUGGAUAUAUUCCUGAUCCAUUAUCUAACUCAACAGAAUUGAAUAUCUCAAAUGUCAUUCCUAUUAAUAACAGUGCUGUUCUCGACGUGAAUGGUUCGUCGAUAUCUUCCGAAGAAAUAAAUAAUUAUCUUCUAAAGAAAAUCAAAAACGAUGGAACAAAUGAUGAAAUGGAUGUUGAAAAUAUUUACUUGAUUCCUCAUUCUUCCAAACCUGUCAAUGAAUAUUUUAAUCCAAAACUAUUAGCAGGUCUCUAUCCAACGUUAUUCUGUUAUGGACUUGGAGCACCUGAAGAUCGAACACGGCCACUCACCAUAAAUUUACGAGAACAUAUACGUUAUCUUUUAUGCUACAAUGAUCGACGUUUUGAAACAAAUCAUAGUUUUAUAUUUGUAGUUUUUAAUUUAUUGCAAAGACGUGAUGCAUGUUUCCAUGCUCAACUUAUAGCAACGAAGCCUUAUUUUCGAUCUUCCGCUCAAGAAAUUCACUCAUUGAACACUGGUGAUAUUGAGGCAGCUCUUAAAAAUAUUUUUACAGGAACAUACAAUAAAGGAUCUAACAAGGCUUUAGGUAAACUGGUAAAUCAUAUUAGAACAAUCGGCGGUCGAGUUAUGGGUUCAGCAUAUUCACGUACAUCCUUACGUACACAUCUUCAUGCAAUGAUUUUUAAUCAAAGUCUACCCAACAUAUUUCUCACUCUCAAUCCAGCUGAUAUUCACAGUCCCGUAGCAUUAUAUUUUGCAGGUGUGAAACUUGAUUUGGACAAUGUUCAAGCCGAACAACUUAUGGACGCAUACAAGCGUGCCGAAAUUAUCGCUUCUCAUCCUGUUGCUACUGCCAAAUUUUUCCAUAUAUUGAUUUCUAAUAUCUUAGAUACAAUGAUUCUUGGUGGUGUAGUCGGUCCUGUGAAAGCAUAUUUUGGUACUGUUGAAAGUCAAGGACGAGGUUCACUUCAUUAG